AUAAUUUACAACACUGGAAAGCACCGCUGUCGAGCGCGAGGAGAUUCGAGAGCGCCAUUGCAUGAUAACUUGUUGAAACUAAACUAAAAAAACAUAUGUUUUGUUGUAAAAUUGGUCUCGUUUUUUAAACAUUUCACCCACAAAUAAUGCUAAAAGUAACACAAACAAAAAACGCCCUGCUAGACGGGGCCACAAUAGCAGAGGAUCUAUACAGAACGCCCAAUGAUUUCGAAGAGUUCUUUCAGAAUUUGGAGAAGCCGGAUGAAGUGGUGGCCAAACCACGAACCACCUUCUUACGGGCAGGCGUGCUGACUACAGUGCGUGGCUCUGCCUAUAUGGAAUAUGGUAAUACCAAGGUAAUGGCCAUUGUGGCACCUCCACACGAAGUGGUCCGGGCUAGUGCCCGUCGCAUGAACAUGGGCUCACUGAAUUGUUAUGUUAACUACGCCGCUUUUGCUACUGGAGAGCUAGAAACUGUGCCCCGUCGAGAGAAACAGUUGAGCAGCAUGCUAACCAAAGCCUUGGAGCCGGUUGUCUGUCGCAACGAAUUUCUUAAUUUCCAAUUGGACGUGCGCGUUCUCAUCAUUGAGGACGAUGGAUGCCUAUUAAGUACAGCCAUUAAUUGCUGCGGUGUCGCUUUGGUGGAGUGUGGCAUAUCCACAUAUGAUCUGAUAACCGCUUCCACCGCAUGCAUUUACCGGGAUCAUGUGUUUAUCAAUCCCAAUGCCAUGGUCGAGGAGUUACUGUGGAAACAUCGUGCAGGCCACGCACUGCCCAGCAGCAGCGAUGAUACAAAACCUAUCCAAGAGCAUGGCCUGCUGAUAAUUGCUAGCAUGGACACUUUUGAUCAAUUGGCCCAGUGUCAGCAGUGUGGCUACCUUUCGCCCGCCACCUAUACCCGAUUGUUAGACUAUACGCUAACCAUCAAUAAGGGAAUGAGGCAAUUGAUCCGACAAGUCCUGCUCCAGAGAGUGAAAGAACAACACGAUCUCGAUUUAAGAGAAAAGGCUCAGAAUGCCUUGGAGGAUCAGCGGCUGGCCGAUAUUAUUGAACGACUCAAAUCGCAGGGACUUAGCGAGCUCAUCAAUCCGUCAAAUAUCAAAGAAGAUCCAUACACUAGUAAAUGACAUUAUAGGAUCAAGUUAUAGACUAAGACUAACGAAUAAAUCGGAAGACAACAACAAAA